AUGUUUUUAAGUGUCUGUGUUCCACAUGAAAAUCUCUUUAACUCUAUCGCCGUUGAUAUCGUUACACAAAAUAUUACAAGAUCGUACGAUUUCUUGCCACAAGAUCGUGUGAAGUAUUACCAAAUAUUUGACCAUGGACAUGUCGUUCAUGUAAUAGUAAUGUCAAAACAACUUAUAGUUGCUGGAAUCGAGCUUGGUGGGACAGGAUGCAAAGUGGGAAUUAGUAAUGAAAAAGGUGAAAUAGAAGAACGAUUUACUAUUGAAACAAUAACUCCAGAUAAAACUCUCACAUUACUAUACAACUGGUUAUCGGAGAAACAAAAACAAUAUAAUUUUAAAGCAUUAGGUAUAGCCAGUUUUGGUCCAAUAGAUCUUCAUCAAAAUAGUGAUACAUAUGGUUAUAUAACACAAACUCCUAAACCUCACUGGCAAUAUACGAAUGUUGUGGGAGCAUUUAAAAAAUUAAAUAUUCCAAUUGCAUUCGACACUGAUGUAAAUGCACCGGCAAUGACAGAAACCAGAUUGGCAGGUGGAAGAAUUACGACAGUAGUUUAUAUAACUAUUGGUACCGGUGUAGGUAUUGGAGUGUGCGUUAAUGGUCGUUCAAUUCAUGGUUUAUUACAUCCGGAAGGUGGUCAUUUGAAAUGUCUUAAAUUUCCCGGAGAUAAUUAUGAAGGCAACUGUCCGUUUCAUCAAAGCUGCGUUGAAGGUUUAAUUAAUUCAAAAGCAAUAGCGGAUCGUUUACAAAUAGAACCUAGUAAAUUAAGUACAGUGCCUGAUGAUAACCCAAUAUGGAAUCUUCAAGCGUAUUAUUUGGCUCAAUUAUGUGCCGCCAUUGUUUGUCUUAUUAGUGCAGAAAAAAUUUUCAUUGGUGGCGGACUAGCGAAAAGAACAGUGUUGUUUACACUCGUACGAAAACAUGUACAACAAAUAUUGAAUAAUUACAUUCAGGCACCUGAAAUCAUUGAUCAUAUUGAUGAGUACAUAGUUCCAUCGUCUCUCGGUGAAGAUAUUGGUGUUAUAUCAGCAUUUGAUUUGGCCCAAGAAGUUCUCAAGAAAGAAUAA